GGCCUGUGCACACAUUUCUACCUGACUCACUACCUACCUAACCAAGCAGGCGGUGUUACGACACGAGCAUACCACAACUAGGACCACCCCUAGUGGGACAGUAGUGACAGGGAUUCCCAGGCAACGGAAACUGUCUCGACUGCGAUCAAGAAACACAGCAAGCAACCUUUCUGUUCAGUUCAAGUUCGUGAAACUCAACAUCAGAAUUGUUUCCUCUUCCCAAUCACACACCACAACAUCCCAAUUUCUACGAAAAACACACCGAAAUCCCCCUUCUUCGACCAUUCUCGCCCGGUCGUCGAACACUGCAAACCACAGUCUUCCACGCGCGCGAGUUCGAUCGCACCCACCGCAGUGCAGCGCAACUACAACUACCUGAUAACGCAGCGCUCACGACACUCCCAUUUUCAAUUCCUACAAUGUCGCCUACCAAAUCCUCGACCUCGACCUCGACCUCGUCAUCAAACACUCCUCUCUCGGAACGCUCCCCCAACACCUCGUCCCCCAUCAAAGCCACCAACUCGUUAUCAGAAAAGGUUGUCGCUAUGGACGACAUGAAAAUGCCACGGUUCGACCAUACCGCACAGAAAUAUACUGCACACACACAAGGUCAACAGACCCAAACGUAUAUUUCGCCUUCGGAUGCCAUGCAGAGUCCGACGACCAAGAAGUUGAGCGAGAUCAAAGGGAGAAGAUUCAUGAACGCAAAACCCCAGACCUUGUUCGCCAAAACCUUGAACCAAGAGAGCCUCAGAGCUCAGUCUCGAAACUAGACCUGACAUACCAUUGAACAAAAAACAAAACUCGAAGGAAACGAAGUGAGCUCUAUUCUGAAUAUCUGUGGGGGAGUCAUUGUACUGUAUCUACUUUUCUUUCCCCGUCCUGGAACGAAAAAAAGAAGAAGAAACAAAACAGAACCAGACAAACGACAAAAAAUAACGGGAGCAAGGGGCUGCAGCGCAUCUUUGCACUCAAGCUUCCGCUGUUUGUGGGGCAUUAUCAGCUUCAAGUUCCCUCGACAUCCGGUUUCUGGCGUUUCAGGAGGCAGGGCCACGAGCAGUGUUCGGACAGAAAUUGAGGGUUGUGUUUUUGGAGAAAUGCAGGGUCAAGGGUCCUUGGCUUAGUUAGUCCGUGUUGUGUCGCGUUGUUUGAGUUGUCGUGCAGUGGCACAUCUCUUUUCUCCUUACAGUCACUCAUUGCAUUUUCUUUGUCGGAGCUGUAUACAGUCCGGUGCAUCUUAAGAUGGGAGAGGGGAGGGACAUGCGAGUGGGAGUAGGAGUAUGGAUGAGAAAUAAACAAAUCAAUGCAUUCAUUGGUUUGUAUGUUUGCCACAUGAGAUAUUGCCCCUGGUCUGGUUCACUCGUUUCGGGGUAACCCCUUUCACUCAUGAAACCGAGGAAUUGAGAAAGUAUGUCCCACAACAACCACAAAAUGUAUUACACGAACAAAUACACCACAUAGAUACAUACAUCUGUACAUGCCUUGGGUACACUAUACCAGGUACUACACUACCUAGCAUGUAACCUAUAUAGCCCAAGCAUUGACAUCAUCAUCGUCAUGGACAAAAGGCUCAUCGAUCAACUUGAUGGCAGGCUCGCCGCACAAGACACACUGAUCUGCGACAAGGCCAUCGAGUUCCUGGACGAGUUUCAUUCGUUGCGCCCCGACAC